AUGGCCGAAAUGCUUUGAUCUUCAGCACAGACACGUUCAUUUACAAAAUUCAGAAAGAGAUAGAUAAAGUCCGGAGGACCCUUGAAAUGGGGAAUAAACCAGCAAAAGAAGAGCGUGAAGAGAUCAUGGUGAAGGUCAUGCCUCCACUGGACCAAGCUUAUGUGAGAUGGCUCGCUCGUGACCUUGAAAGGCUCCACCGUUUUGCUCCAAAGAAACCUCGUGCCAUAAAACCACCUGAGCGUUACAUUGAGUACAUGCGCUUGUACGGCUGGCUUGAUUUGGACAUGGAUGAUCCAGACCUAUCUCAUUUGUUGAAGUAGGUACCGGGUUCCUGUAUAUUGGAGACAUCGUAUUUUUGUAGCUGGAGAUGUUUCACUAAACUAUUAUUAAUCAAAUGCAAGUCACAUGAGGAAUCCUGUGUGUUUCCUGAUAUUACCUUUGUCUGUUAACAUUUCUAUUCUCUCAGUUAAAUGUACACAGAGGGAUUGUGUAAUUUCUGUUUGAAUAUAGACUCGAUUUCUGCAACUA